AUGUCCCUUCCUGCCGUCGACACGCCGACUAUCCCCACCGCCUCUGCCGACCAAUGCGUCCCUGCGGUGCGCAACGGCGAUGAUUUGCACUCCGAUGUCUCCCAGCCAUCGGAGGGCAAUCCUGCUGCCUCUGCCCCGUCGGACACCAGCGCAUCGGCAGCCAACGACGACGCCCGCCCGAGCGCGGACACACGCGCUGCCCCAUCCCACACGGGUCUCACCACAUCGGACGACGACGAUGAGAACGACCAUCCGUCCACCGACCACCGUGCAAACCCGACCCCCACGGGCCUCAGCUCCACGGACGACGACGACGACAACGCCGCAUCACCGCCAACAACCCCCCCUUCCGGAACACCCUACGCACUCCGCCACCCUCGGGUCCCUUCCAGCUCUUUCCCUCCCCUUCGUGUCACCCUGUCGAAAGAUAUUCUCGACACGUUGGACCCCUCGACCUUCAAGGAAGUCACCCCCGGCAUGCCAUCCCACCCCACCGACAUGAUCCUCGAGGGUUCACCCGACGAACCGCAUGCCCUCGAGGUGCUGUUCAUCGACGACGUCCGUCACGUUGUCGUCGAAGGGGUGGACGAGCCGGACACUCGAUACCACGUGCGCUGGGGCCGCCCUCACUUGAAAGGCGGCCCAGCGACGACUUGGAUCACAGCCGCCCACGCCUCGCACUGCCCAGAAGCGCUUGGCCUCUUCCAACGCUUCUGUGCCAUGCGGGAGGCCAUCGACACCGCCAACAACGACGCCAUCGAUGCCUUCGCGACAGAGCGCGAACAAAACCCCGACGCCGUUCCGCCUGUGCCCCACCCGCUCCCUACGUUCGCCACUUUCUGCACCCGCGACCCCACCUGGGCCUCCCUUGGUGCCGACCCUCAACGACACUGUCUGCCGGUGGCCCUUCACCGAGCCGCCAAGCUUCUCAACAUGUCGCUCGACCUCUCCGACGCCGACUUAACAGCAUUUCUCAUCGAACACAACGCUGCCAUGCACCGUGGAGUUCCCUCAUCCCUUCUCCGGGAUUUCCUCCGCCUGGCCAUGUCGCGUGGACUCAACGUGUGCGAAGCAACUCUCAACAAGCGCAUUGCCCUCCAUCUAACGGGCAACAGCCUUGUCGAUCUCGCCAACUGCAUGGUACCGCUGGUCAACGGCGUCUACCUGCUCACCACGAUGACGUGGAGCGAUGCGCACUGCUGGAUCGUCCACAAAUUCUUCGGCAUGGUCACCCUAUUUGACUCAGCCGGAGAAAUUCCGCUCACGGAAAUCCCCCCCGAUCUCAAGAUCCGUUGCAUCCGCCAUCUUGCUCGCAAAGGCGACCCCAGCAACCCCCCUGGCGCUACCACGGGCACCCCUACAGUCCUCCCUGCUCCCAACGCCAACAAACGUAAGCGUCGGGAACGCCAGACUGCUAACCGCAAACUCGGCGCCCAAGGCCGUAACCGUGCUGACGACGCCCACCAACAAUAA